AGUCGGUCCCCCUCUCUGACCCGGAGCGUUGGUCCGUUCUGCUGCAGACGUUAAUCCUCUUUGUUUUCGGUAAUCUCUUAAAUCUGAGAGCAGACUCCGAUCGAACCCUUUUCACCUGCAGCCACACUCCGCUCGCUCCGUCAGGACUCACCUCCAACACCUCACCACGACUCCAACCAGAGACAUCAGAGGAGGUCUGGAAAGUUUUGGAAAGUCUUGAAGAGUUUGUGUCUCUGCUGACUCUGCAUCAUGAUGGUCUUCUUGUUCUUCUGUUUGGUCCUCAGGUCGGAGAGGAGCCUCCAGCUCACCUGAACUUCUGUAAACACAUCCACACCUGUGCUGAAGGUGGCGCUACGACCAUGAAACACCUGAGAUAGAGAAGAUCGAGAACCUUCAAGUUUCCAAACCUGGAUUAGGAAAAAAACGUCAGAAGAUUUAAGAAUUAAAAAAGAGAGAGAGAGAGAGAGAGAGAGAGAUGGGAUUCUCCGACCUUCUUCAGGAGGUGAGUUUAACGACCUGUAAUCAGAUUAUAAUGAUCAGUAAACUGAUUAAGUUGAAACUGAUCAAUCCAAAUUUUGAUCAUUUAAAGUUCUCAUAAGAAUGUUAUGAUUGUUUGUAUCUGAUGAAUCUGAUGAAUCUGAUCACCUGUAAUCUGAUGAAUCUGAUGAAUCUGAUCACCUGUAAUCUGAUUAAUAUGAUUAAUCUGAUCACCUGUAAUCUGAUGAAUCUGAUCACCUGUAAUCUGAUGAAUCUGAUGAAUCUGAUCACCUGUAAUCUGAUUAAUAUGAUGAAUCUGAUCACCUGUAAUCUGAUUAAUCUGAUGAAUCUGAUCACCUGUAAUCUGAUUAAUAUGAUGAAUCUGAUCACCUGUAAUCUGAUGAAUCUGAUCACCUGUAAUCUGAUGAAUCUGAUCACCUGUAAUCUGAUUAAUCUGAUGAAUCUGAUCACCUGUAAUCUGAUUAAUCUGAUGAAUCUGAUCACCUGUAAUCUGAUUAAUCUGAUGAAUCUGAUCACCUGUAAUCUGACUGAACUGUGAUUGGAUUUAAACGGGUGACGCUGCUGUUCCACUGAUUGAUGACAAUAAAGGGGGUGGGGCCUCCAGAGAACUGGCCAAUCAGCAGAGAACCUGGAUGUGUGACCAGAAUUUUUUGAUCAAUCUGUAAACUGAUCAGAGCUAUCCCAUUAGUCUGAUCAUAUUGAUCGAUAAUCUGACCUCAGUGUUGGUUAAUCUGGACUUUAAAGGUUUAAUCUGUAGAAUUUAGCCCCAUAUUCAUGACAUGGAGAGUUUGUUUAUGUCGUUAAUAAGGAUUUGAAUAUUGAUUUGAAUAUUGAUUUGAAUAUUGAUUUGAAUAUUGAUUUGAGUAUUGAUUAAUAUGUAAAUUUGAGUGAUGAUUAAAGUCGUUUGAAUUAUUGAUCAUCGGCGGACAUGUUGGACCGCCAUGUUUUCUACAGGAGCUCAGAGCGGACAAACUAGCAGAACCAAAGGAGUUUGUUAAAGACCCAGAUCAGCUGAUCCGUUUGAAUCAAGUUUAGAUGGUUCUGGUUCUGGUUCUGGUUCUGACAGAUGGAUCAGGAACCAGAGUUCGUUCAGGAUUUGUUGGAAUAAAGGGUCCAGGUGUGUAACCUCUUCUUUUCCCUGGUUGCCAUGGUGAGGUGGGGGGCUUCGGCAGGUACCAGUGGAUCCAUGUGACCCUGAUCAGUUUACCUGGACUCAUGAUGGCGAGUCAGAACCUCCUCAACAACUUCGUCUCAGGAAUCCCCGACCAUCACUGCAGACUGCCGGCCAAUCACAGCCUGAGCAACCUGACGCACCUGCAGGUAACCGACCAACCAAUGAGCACCUGUCACACAGUCAGCUGACCGGUCUGACGGAGGUGACCUGUCCCUCUGAGUCUUCACCUGUCCUCACCUGUCCCUCUGAGUCCUCACCUGUCCUCACCUGUCCCUCUGAGUCCUCACCUGUCCCUCUGAGUCUUCACCUGUCCUCACCUGUCCCUCUGAGUCUUCACCUGUCCUCACCUGUCCCUCUGAGUCCUCACCUGUCCUCACCUGUCCCUCUGAGUCCUCACCUGUCCUCACCUGUCCCUCUGAGUCCUCACCUGUCCCUCUGAGUCUUCACCUGUCCUCACCUGUCCCUCUGAGUCUUCACCUGUCCUCACCUGUCCCUCUGAGUCCUCACCUGUCCCUCUGAGUCUUCACCUGUCCUCACCUGUCCCUCUGAGUCCUCACCUGUCCUCACCUGUCCUCACCUGUCCCUCUGAGUCCUCACCUGUCCUCACCUGUCUGUCCGUCCUCAGGUGGACGAGAAGCAGCUGCUCAAAGUUUUCAUCCCUCCAGACUCUUCAGGAACUAGACUGGACCGCUGUCGGAGGUAGAGUUGUUUCAUUUGAGGUUCUUCAGAGACACACCUGUUCUGAUGUCACUUCCUGUUGCACCUGUUGUUGUUCAGGUACGUGGAGCCUCAGUGGCAACUGUUAGCUGCUAACAGCUCAGCUAACGUUAGCCAGAUCCCGACAGAGGAAUGUUUGGACGGAUGGACCUUCGACAAGUCCGAGUUUCUGGCCACGACCGUUUCCGAGGUAAGGGGGAGGGGUCCAGAAAAGACGAGCUUUGAUUGGCCAACAGGAAGUCCAUCUUAUAAUUUGGUCAUUAUCAUCAUGAAACAGGAAGUCGUAGUUUGCAGAGUAAAACGACGUGUUUGACAGAUGGGCGGGGCUUAAUGGUUCCUGUCUGGUUAUUUCUUGUGUUGAUUUUUGACUCCUCCUUGUCUCGUCUUCUUCUGUGGUUCCCCCUGACCCCUCCCUGACCCCUCCGUUCGGCGUUCUCAGUGGGAGCUGGUUUGUUCGCUCCGCCCUCUUAAACAGAUGAUUCAGACCAUCUAUAUGGGCGGAGUUUUAGCUGGAGCCAUUAUCUACGGAGGCCUGUCUGACAGGUGAGAUACACCUGUCCUCACCUGUCCUCACCUGUCCUCUCCUGUCCUCUCCUGUCCUCACCUGUCCUCUCCUGUCCUCACCCGUCCUCACCUGUCCUCACCUGUCCUCACCUGUCCUCACCUGUCCUCUCCUGUCCUCUCCUGUCCUCACCUGUCCUCUCCUGUCCUCACCUGUCCUCACCUGUCCUCACCUGUCCUCUCCUGUCCUCACCUGUCCUCACCUGUCCUCUCCUGUCCUCACCUGUCCUCACCUGUCCUCACCUGUCCUCUCCUGUCCUCACCUGUCCUCUCCUGUCCUCACCUGUCCUCUCCUGUCCUCUCCUGUCCUCACCUGUCCUCUCCUGUCCUCACCUGUCCUCACCUGUCCUCUCCUGUCCUCACCUGUCCUCUCCUGUCCUCACCUGUCCUCACCUGUCCUCUCCUGUCCUCACCUGUCCUCUCCUGUCCUCUCCUGUCCUCACCUGUCCUCUCCUGUCCUCACCUGUCCUCACCUGUCCUCUCCUGUCCUCACCUGUCCUCACCUGUCCUCUCCUGUCCUCACCUGUCCUCUCCUGUCCUCACCUGUCCUCACCUGUCCUCACCUGUCCUCACCCGUCCUCACCUGUCCUCUCCUGUCCUCACCUGUCCCAGGAACGUCCCAAACUGACCGUCUUUCUCUCUCCUCAGGUUUGGGAGGAGGUCUGUCCUUAUUUGGUCGUACCUGCAGCUCGGCGUCCUCGGCAGUAGCUCUGCUCUCUCUCCUUCGUACACCGCCUACUGUGUGUUCCGGUUUCUGAGCGGGAUGGCGGUUUCUGGGAUCAUCCUGAACGGCGUUUCUCUGAGUACGUGUCCACAAACGCCAUCAGCUUCAGUUUCCUGUUUGUCUGUAUUUCCUCCGUAUUUACCUGUUCAACCGCUCACCUGUCCGUCCAGAGGUGGAGUGGAUCCCCACCAAAGAGAGGACCUUAGUGGGCACGCUCACGUCUUUCUUCUUCACCUUCGGUCAGAUGAUCCUGGCGGGGCUUGCCUAUUGGCUGAGAGACUGGAGGAAUCUGCAGGUGGUCGUUUGUGCGCCGCUCUUCUUGUUCUUCGCCUACAGCUGGUCGGGGUCACCUCUGUGAUUUCAAGUCCAUUUAUUCUGUCCUCUUAUUGGUUGGCUAGCUUUGACCUUCCUGUGCUCUGAUUGGUCAGGUGGUUCGCAGAGUCCGCUCGUUGGCUGGUUCUGAAUAAUCGACCCGAGGACGCGUUAAAGACUCUACACAGAGUGGCUCGAAUCAACGGGAAACAGGAAGUCACUGACAAGCUGACGCUGGAGGUAAACGACUGUCUGUCGUCACGCCGAGAACAUUUAUCCAAUCAGAGGGUGACACUGGUACCAUGUGACCCGCAGGUUCUGCACUCUCACAUGCGUAAGGAGAUCGAGUCGAGUCGUUCUUCGUACACGGCGCACGACCUGCUGAGGACCCGAGGAAUGAGGCGGAUCUCCAUCUGUCUGAUCGCCGUGUGGUCAGAAAUACACCUGCUCCACCUUCACCUGCUCCACCUUCACCUGCUCCACCUUCACCUUCACCUGCUCCACCUUCACCUUCACCUGCUCCACCUUCACCUUCACCUGCUCCACCUUCACCUGCUCCACCUUCACCUUCACCUGCUCCACCUUCACCUUCACCUGCUCCACCUUCACCUUAACCUGCUCCACCUUCACCUGCUCCACCUUCACCUUCACCUGCUCCACCUUCACCUUCACCUGCUCCACCUUCACCUUCACCUGCUCCACCUUCACCUGCUCCACCUUCACCUUCACCUGCUCCACCUUCACCUUAACCUGCUCCACCUUCACCUGCUCCACCUUCACCUUCACCUGCUCCACCUUCACCUGCUCCACCUUUACCUGCUCCACCUUCACCUGCUCCACCUUCACCUUAACCUGCUCCACCUUCACCUGCUCCACCUUCACCUUCACCAGCUCCACCUUCACCUGCUCCACCUUCACCUGCUCCACCUUCACCUUCACCUGCUCCACCUUCACCUGCUCCACCUUUACCUGCUCCACCUUCACCUGCUCCACCUUCACCUUCACCUGCUCCACCUUCACCUGCUCCACCUUCACCUUCACCUGCUCCACCUUCACCUUAACCUGCUCCACCUUCACCUGCUCCACCUUCACCUUCACCUGCUCCACCUUCACCUGCUCCACCUUCACCUGCUCCACCUUCACCUUCACCUGCUCCACCUUCACCUGCUCCACCUUCACCUGCUCCACCUUCACCUGCUCCACCUCCACCUGCUCCACCUUCACCUGCUCCACCUUCACCUGUACCCCACCCCACCCCACCCCCCCAUGAUCAUUCAUGCUCACCUGAGUCCACUCAGCUCUUCUCAUGUGUUCAUUUACCUGCAUCACUUUGACAUGAAUAACCUCACCUGUAAACUCACCUGUGACCUCACCUGUGACCUCACCUGAUUGGACUCACCUGUGUCACUCUCCCCGUACCUUCUAACCUGAUUGGACUCACCUGUUCUUCCUCACCUGUACCACCUGACCUGGGUUCACUCACCAAUCAUGUUUGUUGAUCACAGUAACAGGAAGUAGGAUCAGUGUUUACCUGUCCACCUGUACCAUGUCCUCCCGUCUCUUACCUGUCCCCCCCCCCCCGCAGGUUCUCCACCAGUUUCGCGUACUACGGUCUGGCGAUGGACCUGCAGAAGUUCGGGGUGAGUCACCUGGUUAGCAUUGAUGCUACAUGUAAGCUAACACCUGUAUGUUUGUUUACCUGUCCUCCUGGACCACCUGUUCAUCUCUUUACCUGUCUACAUUUCUUGACCUUUGACCUGCUGACCUGUCCUCCAUCUUUCUCCGCCAUAUUUGCGUUUUGUUACUGCUGUCUUGAAUGCUUCCUCUCUUCUCAUUGGCUGCUGGGGGUUCCAGGUGAAUAUCUACCUGAUGCAAAUCAUCUUUGGAUUCGUUGAUUUUCCCGCCAAAAUGUUGGCUCUGGGCAUGCUCAGUUACCUGGGGAGGAGGAUCUCCCAGGCGACCUGCCUUUUCGUCUCCGCCCUCAUCAUCUUCGCCAACAUCUUCGUCCCCUCAGGUGAGUAAAAACACGGAUGAUCACAUGACUUUGAUUCGCCUCAGUCCAGGUCAUCAGGUGAUCAUGUGACAUCUAAACGCCACCUUCACAGACAUGCAGACCCUCAGGACCACCUUGGCGUGUCUCGGUAAAGGCUUCACCUCCGCCUCCUUCACCACCGUCUACCUGUACACUGGCGAGCUUUACCCCACCGUCAUCCGGUAAGUCUGCAGGUCCAAGUUCACCUGAGAGCGGGCCUCAACUUGACCGUUUCCAUGGUAACGACAGAACGACCCCUCCGAUCACCUGUCCGCCGGUCAUAGAUUGAUCACAUGAUGCGUUUUCAGGCAGACAGGCAUGGGCUUCGUGUCCACCAUGGCGAGAGUUGGUAGCAUGGCGGCGCCCGCCGUCCUCAUCCUGGAUGAGGUGACAUCGCCGAGCUGGUCAUCUGAUCAACUGUUUGAUAGUUUACCAAUAAUCAAUGCUGUGAUUGGACAGAAUCAAGUUUUUGGUUAAAUUAUCAAUAAGUGAUCAGAGCUGUUGAUUGUCCUCAUGAACCAAUCAUCGAUCAAUUAAUUUAUCAACUUAUUGUAUUAUUUAUUGAUUAUUUUAAUCAUUUAUUGAUCAUUUAUCCCAAACUGAGAACGAUGAUUAAAAAAAUACUUCAUUAAAUUCAAAUAAAACUAUUUUUAAAAAUAAUCAAUAACUUAAUAUUUCAAUUCAAAACUAAUCAAUUCUUCAUGAAUAAUCAAUCAGCUGUCAGGUUAUUGAUCUGUUGACCUACAGAUCACUAAUCUGCAGAUCAAAUCAUCACAAAUCUAAACAGGAAGUUGCCCCCCUGGUCUGCUGGUUGUCAUGGUAACCUCUCAUUGACCUCACCUGUCUCUCCAGGUGCUCCCCGCUCUGCCCAGCGUGGUUUACGGCGGCUCGGCCGUGUUAGCCGGCUGCUUCGCCUGUUUUCUGCCGGAAACGCUGAACAUCCCGCUGCCGGACACCAUCGAGGACGUGGAGGAGAAAUGGUGAGCUAAAGCUAAGGUUGACCUUUGACCUUCUCAGGUGUGUUUGGAGCAUUUCCACCUUAGCGACGCUGUCCGACGCUGUCAGUCCCUGGCUGUGUCCGAAAUAAAUCCCUGACCCCCAUACGGGUUUUCACGAUAAACCUGACUCUGUAGUGAACUCAGUCACCGCAGGUUUCCGACACUACAUGGCAAGACGCAAUGCAUGAUGGGAUGCCCACCACUGGUGAGUGACGAUCGGAUGGUCACUACAUUUGGCAAUGCUCUAUGGGAAAUUUAGAGUCGCCUAUAUGGGGCACUGGGAUUGAUCACUGAGGUUUGGGACACCCCUCAAAAUGGCGCUAACCCGCAUGUAGUCGCCGAUAUCGGGGUUAGGGAUCCAUUUUGGUCACAGCUGAUGACGUCUAAAGACGACAGCCGAGCUAAUGACAGCGCUAACUCCUCCUCCUGUCUGCCUUCAGGUCUGAGAUUCGCCCCGCCCACAGAGACAAAGAGGGCGUGUCGCUGAAAGAGGGCGGUCCUUAUGUGUAUGGGGGCGUGGCCACCACUGAGGGCGGGACUUUAAAAGAGCUGAAAGAAGCAGAAGGGACAGGACUGAACGCCCUCUGACCAAUAACUGACCACCGAGAAGGCGGCAGAAACAAACCGAUAAAAAAAACACGUUAAAAAACUUUUCAGGGUUUUUUUUUCCAUAAUUUUUUUUCUUUUUGAAAAAAAAAAAUCGGUUUGACGUAAAAAAAGAUUGAAAAUCAAAAACCUGAUCACAAGUGUAUUGAUUAUCUUUAGAGUUUUCUGAUCAGGAGUUUAUUGAACUAUAGCAAAGGGUUUUAAUGAUAUGAAUUAUUGUCAAAAUGAGUCACUUAUCAAUAAUAAUAAUAAAAUGAUUUUGAUCA